AUGGCUUUUCCUGUACUUCAUCAUCUCAUUAUCUUGUUUACUCUUGUCCUGGCCCGUCCAGCAUUUUCUCAAAAUAAUCAGAACGUAAGUUUGGGAUCGUUCCUUCUUGCUUCUGAUGACUCUUCUUCCUCAUGGCGCUCACCUUCGGGCGAUUUUGCCUUUGGAUUUCGUCGGCUUGACAAUAAAAAUCUAUUCUUGCUUGCCAUCUGGUUUGACAAAAUACCAGAUAAAACUCUAGUUUGGUUUGCAAAUGGAGAAAAUCCAGCACCAGGAGGAUCCAAGAUUGAACUCACAGCAGAUGGUGACUUCACGCUUAAUGACCCACAGGGCCAAGUCCUCUGGAAAGUUGAUGGUGUGUUCACUAAUGCGGCCAUGCUUGACACCGGCAAUUUUGUCCUCGCAAAUAGAAGCUCUGAUAACUAUGGAUGGGAGAGCUUCAAAAACCCCUUCGAUACCAUUUUGCCAACUCAAGUAUUGGAAGUCGGCGGAAUGCUAUCUUCAAGGCAAACAGAAAACAGCUACUCUAAGGGGAGGUUCCAGCUUCGCUUGCUACCGGAUGGCAAUCUUGUCCUCAACACCAUCGGCCUGCCAACGGAGUUUGCGUAUGCCGCUUACUAUCACAGCCACACUUAUGAUGGUGCGGAUGUGAUGAACUGUGGUUACUUGACGAUUUUUAACGAGUCAGGUUACAUGUAUGUCAAACGAAGGAAUGGAAACAUUGUUAACCUCACAUCUGGAAAUAUAGUGCCUCCGAGAGAUUUCUACUUCAGGGCAACACUUGAUCACGACGGAAUUUUCACGCAGUAUGCUCACCCCAAGUCUCCUAGAAAUGGAACCUGGGAUCGAACCUGGUUCACCAUCUGGUCUGCCCCAGAUGACAUUUGCUCAAGAAUUGAGGGCGACUUGGGCAGUGGGGCUUGUGGAUAUAACAGCUACUGUGUGCUUGACUUUAACCGAAGGCCACUUUGCGAAUGCCCUCCUGGAUUUUCAUUUUCAGACCCAAAUAACAAGUUUAAUGGAUGCAAGCAAGACAGGAUACAAAAAUGUGAUGAUGGACCAUCGAAGCCAGAGGAUUUCUAUGAAAUGCAUGUGUUGCCGAAUACAUUUUGGCCAACUUCGAACUUUGAGUGGUUGCAGCCAUUGAAUGAAGAUGAUUGCAGCAGAUCUUGUCUGCAUGAUUGCAACUGUGUUGUUGCUAUUAGUGUAAACGGGAGCUGUAGGAAGAAGAAAUUGCCAUUGUCAAAUGGGAGGGUGGACCGGAAUUCAUAUGGAAAGGCCCUCAUCAAGCUACCAAAGUUUGAUGUUUCUUCAGGUGAGGAUCCUCUCCCACGCGGUUCAAACACGGGAAAGAAAGAUCAAGGAACCCUGAUUCUGGUGGGAUCAAUUCUUUUAGGCAGUUCAGUGUUUCUAAACUUAAUGUUCGUUGCUACAAUUUCUCUGGUAGUUUUAGGUUCUUUCCAAAAUAAACGGAAACUUCCUAGAGUAUCAAGUAUUUCAGAAACAAAUCUGCGCUCUUUUACUUAUGAAUAUCUAAGAGAAGCCACAGACGGGUUCAGGGAAGAACUUGGAAGGGGUGCUUUUGGGAUCGUGUAUAAAGGGAUCAUAUCAUCAACAACAGCAAGAAACAUUGUUGCGGUGAAGAAAUUAGACAGAAUGGUCCAAGAACGCGAGAUAGAAUUCAAAACAGAAGCGAGGGCGAUAGCAAAGACCCAUCAUAGGAACCUAGUCAGAUUGCUUGGAUAUUGUGACGAAGGGCCUCACAGGCUUUUGGUGUAUGAGUUCAUGAGUAAUGGCACGCUGGCUAGCUUCCUCUUUGGACUUUUGAGGCCGGACUGGAACAUACGAAUCCAAAUGGCAUCUGGGAUCGCAAGAGGGCUCAUGUACUUGCAUGAGGAGUGCAGCACACAGAUCAUCCACUGUGAUAUUAAGCCCCAAAACAUAUUACUCGAUGACGCAUUUGUGGCAAGAAUAUCAGACUUCGGACUGGCAAAGCUUCUUAUGGGUGACCAAACUCGAACUCACACAGCCAUUAGAGGCACUAGAGGAUAUGUUGCACCAGAAUGGUUCAGGAACAUGCCCAUUACUGCAAAAGUGGACGUCUAUAGUUAUGGGGUCAUGUUAUUGGAGAUCAUUUGUUGCAGGAGGAGCAUGGAAAUAGAAAGGGAGAAGGAAGAGGAAAUAAUACUCACCGAUUGGGUUUAUGACUGCUAUAAUUAUAGAAGACUAGAAAAGUUAGUAGUGGAUGACGAAGAGGCAAGAAAUGACAUGGGAAGGGUAAAGACACUAGUGAUGGUGGCAAUUUGGUGCGUUCAAGAGGAUCCUUCCUUGAGGCCCUCCAUGAAGACAGUCACACAGAUGCUUGAGGGAGUAAUUGAAGUUCCUACGCCCCCAUGCCCUACCCCUUUAGCUCAGUCUGAUGGAACUCCCCACUAA